GGGAUAGCCUAAGAGGAAGGAAACGGCGAGGGCUUCAUCAACAGACAGGGGAGUCUCUUGUCAGGCUGAUAGAAGGCUGGCGAUAUCAAAUGAAAGCCUGACACGGGAUACGCCACGGAAAUCUCUCUGGCUGAGAGAACCUCGUCGACGUUUACAGAAAAUAAUUCCAGCGGCUGGAGAUCCAGAUGUUGACGUAAAACAAGCUGUCAAUCGUAUUCUUGGAACUGGAACUUUCAUUGCUUUUUGAUUCUCUCUGUGCUGCUUGGGGGGGUGGCUACAACGGGGCCACAUUUAACUCGUUUGCGUCACGCUUUGGAGUUUCCUCCCUGGUUAGACAUUUGGCGUUUGCUGAGGUUUUGAGACCAUUUUUGGCUUGUGGGCUAAAGCUGCGUUCUCCGAUGGGUUACAUGGCGUGCGUUUGAUCCUGGGGUGUGCGCUGCGCGAUGGCCGCGUCGGGCGGACGGAAGAGCGAGAAGUUGGACGAGGCGCAGGCGUUGGCCCGGAGCUGCGCGGGGAGACCGGACUUUCUCCCGUGCGACGGACUGUCCAUCUGCGCCACUCACAGCCACGGGAAGUGCUUCAAGCUCCACUGGUGCUGCCACUUGGGAUGGUGUCACUGUAAAUAUGUGUACCAGCCGAUGACCAACGUGUGCCGCCUCCCCAGCACCCCAGUGCCUGCCACGCCCACAGACCACCACCAUACCAUGGACCUGACAGUCUCAUUGGCCGAACGCUUCCUCAUGACCGCCCCCACCUUCCAAGCCCCGCCCUGCCCGGAGUCGCCAAAGUUCUGCAUCAUCUCAGACCUCUUCGUGGACGACUACAUGGUCAAACGCAUCAAUGGGAAGAUGUGCUAUGUCCAGAGACCUCAACCUUCGACCAUGCCCAGCCCGCCUCAAUCACAUCCCCCUCACCCCUGGUCCAAACCCCACCCCCAACGGACCCCCAGACACCACCCACACCCCCAGCCCAGACCACACACCCAGGGCACCAAGCCCAGUGCCCUGGGGGACAAGGUCACCACCCCCAAAAUAGACCACUGCUCCUCCCCGUCCAGCUCUGAGGAUUCUGGGAUAAAUGCGCUGGGCGGCCAUUACAUGGAGUCAUGUGACGAGGGUUCUGAGGAAGAGGAGGAAGACGAGGAGGAAGUGGAGGAGGAGGAUGAAGAGUUAAGUAGUGAUGGAGAGUCUAGUCCACUAAGUAUGUGGAAUCAAGAUGAGUGUUCUCUGCUCUCUCCGUCCAAGUCUAUGGUGGAGAUUAUUGAGAAGAUCGAGACAACUGUGUGAGACAACUGUGUGAGACAACUGUGUGAGACAACUGUGUGAGACAACUUGCACUGUCGCGUUGAAAUGGAGAUGAGACAGUGAUCUAGCCGGUUCAGCUUAGAGCCACACACACACACACACACACACACACACACUAGCCUGUCAACGUUCCUCUAACUUAUACUAAUCGUACAACAUCAAAACAGGGACCUGUUACCUAUGAACUUUGACCUUUCACCUGUUAUAGCAUGGUUAUCUAUGACCUUUCACCUGUUAUAGCAUGGUUAUCUAUGACCUUUCACCCUUUUAUAGCACGGUGUACCAACCGCAUUCUACUCUGGAGGGAUUUCACUUAUCUUUCCAGACCAGUAGUCAGCUGAAAGAACCCACAAGUGAACAAGAGCACAAAUGUAGGAGCCACACCCACAAACAACACAGAUGACCUAUAACAGGACUUAUCUACACCGGUGGAGGAGGGGUUACAGCGUCCAGACACACCCAGUGUCCUGCCAAGGCUUUCUGACAAUCAUCUGACUAUAUCUGAAAUGUGAACAUAGACCCUGUACAUGUAACUUCCUGAGGAGUCACAGCCCAGGACAGGAAUCUCAGUGUAUUACAGACACAAUGCAGAGCAGUAGCAGUGGGACUAGGACAUUGUUCUGACCACGACAAAACAACAACAAGAAGACCCGCUGUGUGUCUUGUCUGUCUCUAAAAUGAUUGCUCCAAUCACAUGUUGAGGGUCUUGAACAAAGCACACCUUUCUGAUCUAUUAACACACAGAAACUAUAGACACACACACACACACACACACACACACACACACACACACACACACACACACACACACACACACACACACACACACACACACACACACACACACACACACACACACACACACACACACACACACACACACACACACACACACACACACACACACACACACACACACACACACACACACACAUAUAUAUAUACACGCUUUGUGGGUGAAUUUCUAUUCCUCUCUGAUUGAAAGAGAAUCGUAACAUCAGGGAUAAAAAAAUAUAUACGCUUUAAAACAUCACUGUAAAUACAGAUGCAGGAUCUUAAUUUGAUCACCGUGUUGCAGGACAACUUUCCUACAAUGCAGGAAAUAUACAACUUGUUGUGUAUUUGAGGUUUUAAAAGGCUUCUAAAGUUUCUAAUUUCCACUUUGAAAUUUCAGACUUGAUUUCCAUCUAUCAACCCCUGACAAAAAUGUAAAUUCAUUAAAAUCCACGUAAUAAUUCACAUUUCCUGUUGAUGCAGGGUUCAUUUCAUACUGUAGCAAACUGGCUCAAAUUAAGAUCCUACAUCUGUACACAUACAGUCAAAUGAUCACAUAUUACAGAGGGAAUAUCAAGCAAACCAUGAUCUGAUUUUUCUAAUAAAUGUUUUCACUAAAAAGAG